AUGGAGAGUUUGGAUAUUAGCAUAUCUCCUGAUUUAAGUGAAUUAUUAGAUGAAAAAGAUGAAGAAUUAGAAAAAGUUUGCCGAGAGCAAGACGAAGAGUGGAUGACUUUGUGUCAACUAGCAGGUAAAUAUGUUUUGACAUAUUGCAAAAAGUACUUAUGUGAGGAACCUUUUCGUACAUCAAAACGCUCCGGACAUAUAUUUAUUCAAGAGAUAUUACGAGGAAAUGAAACUCGUUGUUAUGAAAACUUUCGAUUUAAGAAAGCGGUGUUUAUUGAUUUACCCCAUGACUUAACCGAAAAAUAUGGGCUUAAAGCCACUUGUGGAAUUUCUACACACAAAAUGUUAGGCAUGUUUUUCAUGGUUUGUGCACAUGGAGCGGAAAAUCGAAUGAUACAAGAAAUCUUUCAACAUUCUGGAGAGACGGUUCAUAGACACUUUCAUAGUAUGUUAAAUGUUGUUUGUAAUCUUGCAAUCAUUAGACCACGUUUAAAUUAUAAUGAUGGUGUAGAAGCUCACAAGUCAUGUAACGAGCGAUAUUUGCCCUUCUUUAAAGAUUGCAUUGGGGCACUUGAUGGCACACAUGUUAAAGCUAGAUUGCCGCAAGGUCAAGAAAUUCUGUAUAUUGAUUGUAAAGGUUAUCCGACUCAAAAUAUUCUUGCCAUUGUAGAUUUUAACAUGUGUUUUACAUUUGCAUUGGCUGGAUGGGAAGGAUCGGCUCAUGACAAUCGUAUAUUUUGUGAGGCUCUUCGUAGACAAGAACUCAACUUUCCACAUUCAUUGGAAAAUAAAUAA